AUGUACUUCCCCACCGCAGCGGCCAGGCAGCUUGCGACGAUCCCUGCUCUCCCCAAUAUCCCUGCAGAGCCCGUCGUAGCCCUCGCGUCAAGUUCAAGAAAGUUACUGUUUUGUACACUUACACGAACUACCCUUGCCGUAUGGUCUGGCAGGCCUUCUGCCUUACUUUCUGUACUGACGCGGACUCCAACCUCUCUUCUCAAUCAUGGAGAUAGCGAAGAUGUGUGGUGGUCGCCAGAUGGGUGCCGAAUUGUGAUCAAGACCUCAGCAUCCUACUUGGUGCUGGUUUCGGUCGAGUUCAACCUGAACGAAACGGUCUAUGACACGGUCCCUCUACCCGCAAACGCCCAGCGCAAUUUCCUGGCAGGACCAGGAGAAAGUCUAUCCCUAAACUCUGUCAGUCUGCACUUCGAAGGAGUUAUCCGGGUCGAAGGAAAUUUGUUGAGUGUAUCACCUCGCAAACACUAUGUCAUGUUCUCAACCCAGGAUCCACCAACAAUUCAACAAAUGCCCUGGCCGCUGCAGGAAGAAGAGGAAGCUGAAGGGACGAGGCCUCUUGCUGACUAUCAUACGUGGCUGCUCAACGACCUGGAUUUCUCGUGGCUCGUCGAGUCUGAUGUUAAUGUCACUCGUAUUUCUUAUUCCAAGAGCUUGAAUGGCGAGAUCUGGAUCACCUCUGACGGACGGGCGUAUCUGGUUGGGCUUCAAGACAGUGCUGAAGAAGAAAGUGCUCGUGAAUCCUCGUCAGAGCAUCGUUUCUCCGAAGAUGUCCCAGACGAUGGUCCUUUGCCCAGACAAGCAGGGUGGAACGGCACUUGCAUUCACGACUUUCAGGCGCCCAAAUGGAUACAAAAACAACGCCGUAUAGAACCUGAUGACGAAGAGCCUGAUCAUACACGAGUUUAUCGAGAUCAAAAUCACGCAACAUGGGUCGCCGUCAACAGCAAAUUCUCUCUCAUUGCUAUUGGGACCCAUGGAGGUGGAAUUCAGUUCACGAACUUCCCUUCGGAAAUUGGAAUCAUGCCCAAGUCCCAGAAGAUCGAGGUACCUAAUCCCUUCAACAAGCAAACAGGAGAUAUCACUGCGCUGGAAUGGAGUUCGGACGGUUAUGUGCUUGCAGUUGGGUGGAAACAUGGAUGGGGCAUCUUCAGUGUCGGCGGUAAAUGCCUAGCGUCUGGAAUUGGUGUUGACGAGGCGGUCGACGAAGAAAAGUUUCAGGAUAUCUUCAUGUAUGGUGUCAAGGAUCUAUUCUGGGGACCAGGGAAUUUUGAACUGUUCGUUCUCGCGUCCCCCCUUCCUCGAAAGCGCAAUGGACAGUUGUUCGUUAUUCCUUUCGCCAAGAGUGCAACUACCGGGCAGCAUUCACCUGACAACACACGAUAUGCCUUCUUGCAACUGGAUGAUAGAGCACUUAUUUACAGAGGUGCUGACCAGCCUGACUUGAGUGUCAUCAACCCAGAAUCAGACGUUUGGCAGCAUAUCAAGAUCCCACAACGAUACCUGGCAUUGAACUGGCCCAUUCGAUAUUCCUGCUUAGGCAGUGACGGAAGACUGAUUGCUAUCGCUGGUCGAAGAGGUUUGAUUCACUACAGCUCAACUUCAGGCCGAUGGAAGAUGUUCGCGGAUGAGGAACAGGAGCAAAAUUUUACUGUACGGGGUGGUCUUCUGUGGUUCCACCAUGUGUUGGUUGCUGCUGUCGAGAUUGCCAAAUCUUAUCAGAUUCGCCUCUAUUCUCGAGAUAUGGAGCUAUCUGCUCAAAAUAUUUUGCAUCGCGAAGUUCUUUCAGCUCCGGUCAUUAUUUUGUCCAUUGUCGACAAUUCACUCUUGGUCUAUACGGCGGAUAACACCCUGCACCACUACCUUAUCGUGCCGACGGCGGAUUCAAUAAAGUUUCAUCUUUGCGGCAGUAUAUCUUUCACUGGAAUCAUAUCCGCACCUGGUGCAGUCAGGAUGCUGAGUUGGAUGAUACCAGCUGUACAAAAGCAAAUCGGUGAUCCUGUCGAUGAUCUUGCUGCUGCGACGGUGUUAAUGGUCGUCGGUGGGCAGCUUACUCUUUUGCGACCAAGAAAGCAUUCCGCCAACGAGGAAGUGAAAUAUGACAUCCAAGUUCUCGCGGAUCGGAUAGAGUUCUGCUGGAUUCAUCUCCGCGGUGUUGGUGCUCUUGAGAAUUCUCUCUGGGCGUAUGAUGCUCAAGGAAUGCGAGUGUGGCUCAACGCUCUAUCAAUAGACUCGCAUCAACGGGAUGCUAGUGCUAGCACCAUGGAGGAUGUGAAAGAAAGCGUCAAGAUACCACUGGACUUUUACCCUCUUUCCGUUCUUAUGGAUAAGGGCAUUAUCAUCGGUGUUGAGCACGAAUCUGCAAUAAGAGCCAACCUUCCAGUUGUAUUAUUCCGACAUGCUACCAGCUCUCAUCUAUUCUUACAGCACAUCCUCCUCUACCACCUAGAAAACCACCAAGUGAAGGAGGCAGUUGCUUUUGCGUCUCAUUACAAGAACCUGGUGUUCUUCGCACAUGCAUUAGAGAUUCUUCUACACACUGUCGUGGAAUCGGAUGUUGCCUCGAUGAACAGCGAUGGUGACGAUACUACUGAUAACUAUGAGUCCGUCCUACCAGCAGCUGUCGAAUUCCUAGACCACUUUGAUGUGUCUCUCGAUGUCAUUGUGGGGUGUGCGCGGAAGACAGAACUGACUCGAUGGAGGCAUCUAUUUGAUGUUGUAGGAAAUCCGAAAGGUUUGUUCGAGACUUGCCUAGCCUUCAAACGACUAAAAACUGCCGGCUCUUACCUACUUGUUCUGCACAAUCUUGAACAACUGGACGAAAAUAGCACCGAAGCUGUCCGGCUAUUGAAAUGUGCCUUCGAAGGGAAGGACUGGCAGCUCUGUCAAGAAUUGCUGAGGUUCUUGCACUCCAUUGAUGAUACAGGGCAGGCACUAAAAAGUGCUUGGACUCAGGUAGAUUUGGGUAGUAUCGACGUACAUGGUUAG